UCAGAAUCCUCUCCCGGCAGGGGUUCAUUAACCACAACCCCCGCCCCCCGAAUCCCGCGCAAGGGGGGAUGGUUGUGAUCUGACCCCUCCAGAUAUCUUCUGUUCAUCUGCUACACUUGCCGUAGUGGCAAGACAGACCACCUACCUUCAGAGCGUCAUACGUCUUUAUCAUGGCGCCGAUUCCCGAUACAGAAGUGACUGGCUGGGUGGACGGCCCCAACGACCGCGGCACGAUCGAUAUCAUCUGGGGCUGCUGUUUGGUUCUUUCCACCGCUCUAUGGACGGUGCUACAUCUGAACAUUCCCGGGUCGGACGAUACCACGAUGACUGUCCUUUGGCGCAAGAUCCGCUGGGGCACCUUUGCCAUUCUGGCCCCCGACAUGCUCGUCGGGUUCUCGGCCAUGCAGUGGCAGUCGGCCCAGGAGUCUGUCACCCAGAUGCAUAGUCUUGGCUACAAGGAGUGGACCCUGAAGCACGCCUUCUAUGCUAACAGCGGGGGUUUCCUCCUGCGCUCGACCGACUACCCCCCCUUUCCUGUCACCGCCACCUCCAUCCAUUAUCUGCUCGAAACCGAGCAUAUCGACUGCCCCACCAUAACUGCCGAUGAGAUCUGGGAUAAGAGCAAGGCUGAUACCUUUGCCAAGUGCGUGGCCUUGGUGCAGGGCGUCUGGCUGGUGGUUCAGUCCAUCGCCAGGGCGGUGGAGGGCCUCGCCGUCAGUCCCCUGGAGCUGUUCACCAUUGCAUUCGUUCUCUCCACCAUCACAACCUACUACUUCUGGAUGAACAAGCCGCAGAACGUUGGCGUGCCCACCUUCAUCGACCUCAAGACCGGGUCCGUCAACAACUUAGUCAACAGUGCCGGCCACUUCAACCUAGAGCCCUUCCGGGAAACCCCGCUAGAUUUCGUGGAGAAGCCGAUGCAACGGUGGCAACGUCGGCCCACACUCGAGCAGUUCCGUCCCCAGGACCAGCCUCUGCGGCGCAUGCCGGACGACAAGAUCGUGUUCAACGGGCUCUGCCAGAGUGCCUGGGCCCUGGUUUGCUUCCAAGCCAUGGUGCAUCCUGCGCUUCAUCUCCUGUGCUGGAACCACGUGUUCCCGACCAAGACUGAACAGACACUGUGGCGAGUGAUGAGUGUGUUUCUGGCUUCGGGUCUGCCCCUGUCGAGCGGCCUCCGGAUUCUCCUCACGGCCUGCGGCUUCCACGGUCACCAGUCCCUCACCUGGAUCUGGGUCCAGCCGGGAUCCAAGGAGGAACGAGGGUGGCGUGAGUGGGUGUUGGACGUGAUCAUGUCGUUCAUCAGUGCUUGCCUGGUACCUGCCCGGUUGUACAUUAUCAUUGAAGCCUUUAUUAGUCUACGACGACUCCCAGCCAGCUCGUACGUGACAGUCGAGUGGACCAAUUUCAUUCCGCAUGUAUGACAGAAGAGAAGACAAGAAAAG